AUGGGUCUCUCGUCUAUCACCACAGGUUCCUCGUCAACUUCGGCUCCUAUUACUGGCUUCAUGACCACCAUGACAUCGACCGGUACGCAGACGGGACUGACAACAAUAAUUCCUACCAACCCGGCUGGCACAACUAGCGUGAUCACUUUUGUGACACCAUCAUCCUCUUCCACGUCUACUUCAACUUCGUCUUCGUCCUCCACUAGUCCGACCGCAAGCUGUACCCCUGGGCUACUCUGGGCCUACUAUGGUCUUGCGCAAGCUCCAACAGAGACUGCUAGUAGCUCCGGAAAUAUCCCUUUUCACGGUAACGGCGCUGAUGGUCGGACAACGACCAUUGAUCUUGCACAGCAAUGCGCCACCACGACUCGGACCGUCUACGGAACCACAACGAGCGGGCAGUCCCAGUUCAUGAUUGUUCAACACAUCGGAUACUUCCAUCCGGCCACUUCUGGCACGUAUACUUUCAGCUUCAAUAAUGUCGAUGAUGGUGUCUAUCUUUGGCUAGGCAAUAACGCCAAGACUGGUUUCACUAAUGCCAAUGCUAACACAAAUGUCGACUACUACGUUACCAAUAGCGCCGGCACCUACACGUUCACUGCGACGGCCGACCAAUACUAUCCAAUUCGGCUAUUAUUUGUCAAUGUACAGCAGUGCGGCAGCUUCACUUUCUCACUCACUGACCCGGCCGGAGGCGUGGUUGUCUCGAACUCUCAAGCCGUAGUUGGCGAUCAACUCGUAGCUAGUUGCCCCAACGACUCGAACGCAGCGCCUUUUGGUUUCUAG